AGGCCUCUGGGCCCAGGCUCCCGCGCCGAACUCACCCUGAGAGCGGGCGCCACUCCCUCGCAGACGGCCUGGUGCCCCCCCCGCGCGGCCCCUCUGUUCGCCGCGAUGUUCUACCCGCCGGCCGCAGGUGCGCCAGGCGUGGAGCUGCUGGGCGCGGAGCUGCUGGGCCCCGCGCUGCCGCUGCCCGGCAUCGACCCGCUGCUGCAGCUGGGGCCCGAGAUGCCCUACGGCAUGCCGUGCUGGUUCGGCGACCCCGCGGCCGACGCCUGGGCCCCGCCGGAGUACAAGGCCUCGCCCGCCAGCAGCACGGCGGUCAACAUCCUGGACUUCGCGACGCCCCAGCGCGCCCGCAGGGGCUAUCCGAGCGCUGCCGAAGCGGCCACCGGGCGUCCACCUGGCGCCCCCCGACAAGCCGCAGCAGAAGGCCGAGCCAUACGAGCCCGGCCAGCUGCUCGCCCAGAGCGCCUCGGCCACCGUGUCUCUGCCCUGCCCUGAGCGGCUGGACGCAGCCGCGGCGCCCCG